UUAAGCGGUCGGAGGGAGCGCGGAUACAAAGUGUUCUUCUGCACGUUUUCAUCAGUCAGAAGGACAGAGAUCAAAGCGAAGUGACACCGAGCUCAGGGUGAAGAUGAGCGCCGUUACGGGAGGAGUGUGAACUGGACAAGCUGAACUUACCUGCGCUGUUCACCUUCAGAGGAAAGGAGGAUUUACCCCAGCUGUAGAGGUUUCCCGACACCCAGUGGGAUGCGAGCAUAUCGGUGGCGGGCCGAGUGUGAAGGAGCAUGGUAAAACACCAACCCUUGCAGGUCUACGAGAGACAGCUGUGUUUGUCCUGCCUGACCGGGAUCUACGGGUGCCGCUGGAAACGCUACCAGCGCUCCCACGAUGACAGCUCCAAGUGGGAGUGCUCCUGGUUCCUCAUCCUGUGCUCGACGUUCCUCCUCCUCCUAGUCUGGUCUUACUUUUGGUGGGAGGCUCACAACGAUUACAAUGAGUUUAACUGGUUGUUAUAUAACCGAUCAGGGGAUUGGAGCGAUGGCACCGUCCCCAUUCUCGCCACCACGCUCGUGGGAUUCUCUUACACUGCAUUUUUAAUGAUAUUAGGUCUUUGCCAUGUCGCACUGGGCCAGCAGCUCAACCUGUACUGGAUUCAUAAGAUUGGCGUGCUGGCCGUCCUGCUCACCACCAUCACAGGCGUAGUCUCAAUCGACGACGUAUGGAGGGACGAAUGGGCCAUCAUUCUCAUCUCGCUGCGGUCAACAGGACCGUUCCUGCACAUCGGGGCCGUGGCUGCCAUGACGGCGUUGGGGUGGAUCGUCGCCGGCCAGGUCGUGCGCGGAGAAAGAAGGAGAUUUCAGGUGCUGAUACUCCUGCUGUAUGUGUGUGUCCUGGUGGCUUUCUAUCUGACUCCCCUCACCAUCUCCUCCCCCUGCAUCAUGGAUCGGUCGUACCUGAAGCCGCGGCCCGCCAUCAUGGGUCGCAGAGGAGCUCCCAUGCUCGCUCCAGAAAACACCAUCAUGUCCUUCAACAAAGCCUUCCAGCAAAAAGUCAGCGGCUUCGAGGCUGACGUCACCAUCAGUGCAGACGGAGUGGCCUUCCUGAUGCGUGACCGGAUGCUGCGCCGCACCACAGACGUGGCCCGGGUCUUCCCUCUGCGGCAACACGAAGAUGCCUCGCUCUUCACCUGGCCUGAGAUACGCUCUUUAAAUGCUGGCCGGUGGUUUCUCAGGGAUGACCCGUACUGGACGGUCCAGUUCAUGUCGGUGAAGGAACGAGGCCGAGCAGCCAAUCAGACGGUGUGUAGUCUGGUGGAUCUGCUGCGUCUGGCGGCGAAGACGAACCGCUCGGUGAUGUUCAGCCUGCGCAGACCUCCACCUCAGCACCCACGACACGAGCUCUGGAUCAGCGACGCCCUAAAGGCCGUGCAGCGCUCAGGCAUCCAGUCUGAACAGGUGAUGUGGAUGACUGACGGGUACAGGAAGCAGGAGGAGUCAGAGGAGGAGAAGGUUUCCGCAGAAGAGUAUAAAGAAAAGGGAAUCCGGACUGUGAGCAUACACUACAGCCAAGCAACAGAAGUGGAAAUCAGACGCUUCAGGAGCAGCAACGUGAGCGUGAACGUGUACCCGGUGAACGAGCCGUGGCUUUACUCGGUGCUGUGGUGCAGCGGCGUUCAGUCUGUCUCGUCCGACGCUCCUCACAUCCUCCGCAACAUGCCUCAGCCCAUCUGGUUAAUGAGUCCAGACGAAUACUGUUUGAUAUGGAUCAUGGCUGAUCUAAUAUCCGCAGCAGUCGUCAUAGGAAUAUUCAUAUUUCAGAGGUGGAGGAUGAGCGGGAUGCGCAGCUACAACCCGGAGCAGAUCAUGCUGAGCGCCGUGGUGCGCAGACCCAGCCGAGACGUCAGCAUCAUGAAGGAGAAACUCAUCUUCUCAGAAAUAAAAAACGGAGUGAGUAGCACAGACGAGCUGCCUCUCUACACGGAGCAGGGAUAUGAAGGAUACACACGCGACACCAUUUCCCGCUGAGCCGGACCUCGCUCGGAAAGCUUCUGUCCCCGCCUUAUUUAAACGUUACGCCCGGACCGGACCGCUCCGCCACCGCCGAUGGAGAGACUGUGAAUUUUGCUCUUCGUGCAAGCGGAGCUCUGAAUCGCACACCUCUGUGUGUGUGGGUGUGUGUUCGGAUUAGUAUUGCUUAUUUAUAUAAAGGACCUUCACUCUGAUGCCUUAUGAUCUGUAUUAAAGUGUAUAUAAGAUAAAAUGUUGCUGCAGCAGUAGUCUGUAUAGUUUCUUUAUAGGGAGUGUAUCGUUUAUUGAACAAAUUACUGCAAGUGACAUUAUUAUUAUUAUUAGUGUUCACCAGUUUCUUCAAAUUGGUCGAGUCCAUGAUCUGUGAUCUUUGGAGGAUUAUUUGUAUUUAAAGUAGGUUUGUACCAUAAGUGAGUAAUUAUUUCUUGUAUUUUGUGCCAUCUAACGCUGCGUUGGUCAAAGGAUUGUUUGAAAUGAAAAGCAACGAUGACGUGCAGCUCUGAACAGAUUUCGUUUGUAGAAAGUGAAUUCAAAAGUAAAAAAAUUCAAAAAAUAAAAUGCCACUGAAGAAACAAUAAA